AUGUUGGGCAAGGCGACGAGCUUCACCGCUCUGGUGUGCGUGGCCAUCGCGCUUCUCGUGGGCACCAUGACUCCCGCAGGAGCCGUGUGCAGCAACGGACUCGAGGGUAUCCAGUCGACCAGCCUGGACGCCUGCUGUGUGGAGGAAUGCGGACUCUGCGGCGGCGUCGGUUGCACCCCGGCCAACACGUCUAGCCUCACGUCGGCCGACUGCUGCGCGACCGAGAUCAUAGAGUCCGGAACCCUUUGCGAAGUUUCUAUGGCUGCGCCGUGCAUCAUCACGACCGCCGCCGCCUCGAACGACUCGGUCUGCGAAAACGGUCAGACAGGGGUACAGGACCCCGACACGGACGUGUGCUGCCCCCUGGUGUGCGGCGACUCCUGCGGCGGCGAGGGCUGCGGGUCCCUCGCCGGGGUGGACGCCACCCAGUGCUGUUCCAACCUCAUCAUCGAGUCCGGGGCUGUCUGCUCCGACACGGUUUCCGCCCCCUGCGUCGUGGGAGCCGCCGAAGCGGACAACUCGACUACUUGCAGCAACGGCAUCGUCGGAAUUGAGGACCCGGUCAACCUUAUCUGGUACGUGUGGAUGUGUAGUGCGUGCUUUUUUCAUGAAGAGCGUCCCCAACCAUAGCCAAAACAGAUGCGGAACCCAAACAAUAACCACAGCGGCGUGUAUUUUUUAGGGGGGGAAGGUGACGUUGCUAUACCGUAAUAUUUUCUGAAUUGCCCCCCCCCCCCCCCCAAUGUGGCCGAAAUGGGCACAAAAACGCUGCAGUUAUCUCCGGGGACAUUUUUUUUUUUUUUAUAAAGAUCUCCCCCCUACCGUAGAAAUCUUCCCGAGGACAUAUUUUUCUGCUAAUAAAAAACGUGUUCCCGGGGGCGUUUUGCGCAUAGAAAACGCGUCCCCGGUGGAGGAGUGCAUGGAAAUCGGUUGGUGUGUUUUGUUGAAUGCCGUCGGAACAAGGUCCGACGUUCACGGGCUCCGUCCGCGCGUUUAGCAAUAAUGUCGCGUGAUGGUACAAACAUCGUUCUCCGAAAUCGGUGCAACCGAACCAGAGUUCUUGUUGUUCGUAGAUGGUGUUUAGACCAGACAUCGUGGAGCUUCGGAGGUGAGGUACUUGUGUGUGUGAG